AUGCUUGUUCAUGAAAUGUUUUUCUGCUCUGCUGUGUUAUUACUUGCUUACUUUUACUUACAUGUUGACUUGAGUCUUGACAUUGAUUGGACUUUACUGACGAGUAGGAAAGUUUUUGAAGCUGGAAAUACUAUAAUGGGGUUUUUAUUAGGAAAACAUCUGGAAAUUUCCCUACAGGUCCUUGAUCAGAAUGUAAAUGAAUCUGAAAUGAGAAAAAGAGAGCAACUAAGUGGUCCAGAAGAAGAAGCCACGGGUAAAGUUGAAAAUACAGAAUCUAUGAAUCAGAAGCACUUGGACCUAGCAGCUUUUACUCCUGUGUCGCCGAUACCAAGUUUAGUUGGAGAAACAGCAGCACUUAAAAGGAAUGAAAUUUUGGGAUACCUGAUGAAUAAUGAGGUUCAAAAGAUCGGAAUUUAUGGAAUGCCAGGAGUUGGGAAAACAAGUGUCAUCAAGCUUGUCAACAAUGAACUCUUAAAAGACACAAACCAGUUUAAUAUUGUUGUAUGGAUCACUGUAUCAAGGAAAUGUGGUGUUAUUGAACUACAGAAUAAGAUUGCACAGGCAAUUAGUGCUGUUAUUUCAGAAGAUGAAGAUGAAACAAUAAGAGAAGGGAUGUUACCUGAAAUACUGGCUCAAAAGGGAAGGUAUGUGUUAAUCUUAGAUGAUGUGUUGGACAAUUUUUCUCUAGAGGAAGUUGUAAUUCCUGAGCCUACUGCAAGUAAUGGGAGUAAAUUAGUUCUAACAUCCCGAUCAUUGGAUGUAUGUCGACGCAUGGAUUGUCAAGUAAUAAAAAUGGAACCGCUUCCUGGAGCAGAAGCGUGGACAUUGUUCUUGGACAAGGUUGGUCAAAAUCUAACGUGGCAGUGCAGGAGAUAUGAAUGGUGUUAG